CAUUCAAAUUAACACAAUUAUAGGAAAGAACAAAAUGAUCAACUUAUUAGUAUCCUUCUGGUUUGUGCUCAUAAGCAGCAGUGCCUACGCAAAUACUUGCCUUAACAGAUCUGGUUUCUUCGCACCCGAUGGUACUUACGACUUAAACCGCCGAGUCAUGCUCUCUACUCUUCCUUCUAACGUCACAGCUAAUGAUGGCUUCUAUACAACGUCGACCGGACAAGAUCCCAACAGAGUAUACGGUUUAGGGAUGUGUGUACCAGGUAUUGAAGCAGGAUCUUGUUCUGAUUGUAUCAUGGCUGCCUCUAAUGGGUUGGUACAGAAUUGUACUACUCAGAUAGAAGCUAUAGACUGGAGGAUGUAUAGAAAUACACUUUGUCUUGUACGCUACUCAAACCGCUCGUUUUACGGAUCGCUCGAUAUGGAAAUUAUACGACAUGACUACAAUACCAGAGAUUAUCAACCUAACGGGACGGAUUUCGAUAUGACAUGGGAAGCUUUGAUGGUUGGUGUGAUAGAAGAUGUUUCUUCUACGAACUACGCGGCUGGAAGACGAACGCUUGAAUUUUCCAACACCAACAUUUACGGUUUUAUGCAAUGCAGUAGAGACAUAUCUCCUCAAAACUGCACCCGGUGUCUACAACAAAAUGUGAUUGAUUAUAGGUCAUGUUGCCGUGGGAGACAAGGAGGUACUGUUUCGAGGCCGAGCUGUUUCCUUCGAUGGGAGAUUUUUGCCUUCUUGGGACUUCCCGAAAACAUUCCUCCUCCUGAAAAGGAUGAGAAAAGUAUUUCUACAGGAGCUAUUGUGGCAAUUGUAAUUGUUCCUAUCAUAUUGCUUGCUCUAGGAUUUGGAAUUUGGAGGAAGAGAAAAUCGUAUAAAGCAUUUACAACUGAAACUGGGGAUGAUAUUUCAACUUCAGGUUCACUUCAAUUCUAUUUUAAAGCUAUCGAGGCUGCAACAAGUAAUUUUCACAACAUUAACAAGCUUGGUCAUGGUGGAUUUGGUGAAGUUUACAAGGGAACGUUUCCGAAUGGAACAGAGAUUGCUGUGAAGAGACUAUCUAAAACUUCAGGACAAGGUGAAAGAGAAUUCAAGAACGAGGUGCUUCUUGUAGCUAAACUCCAACAUAGAAAUCUUGUUAGGCUUCUUGGAUUUUGUGUCCAAGGAGAGGAAAGGAUAUUAGUUUACGAGUUUUUGCCCAACAAGAGUCUUAACUACUUCCUCUUUGAUUCAACAAAGAGGAGCCAAUUAGAUUGGACAAGACGAUACAAGAUCAUUGAAGGGAUCACUCGAGGAAUUUUGUAUCUUCAUCAAGAUUCACGGCUUACAAUCAUACACCGUGAUCUCAAGGCCAGCAAUAUUUUAUUAGAUGCAGAUAUGAACCCAAAAAUUGCGGAUUUUGGUAUGGCUAGGAAUUUCAGAAUGGACCAAACGGAAGAUAACACAGGAAGAGUAGUUGGAACAUUCGGUUACAUGCCGCCGGAAUAUGUUGCGAAUGGGCAGUUCUCGACUAAGUCUGAUGUGUAUAGUUUUGGAGUAUUGAUUCUGGAGAUUAUUGGUGGAAAAAAGAAUAGUAGCUUCCACGAGAUAGAUGGUUCAACAGGCAACUUGGUUACAUAUGUAUGGAGGCUUUGGAACAAUGAUUCAUUGUUGGAACUCGUAGAUCCGGUCAUAGGAGAUAACUAUGAUAAGUAUGAAGUCAUCAGAUGCGUCCAUAUUGGGUUAUUAUGUGUUCAAGAAAAUCCAACAGAUCGUCCAAGCAUGUUCACAAUAUUUAAGAUGCUCACUAAUACUUCAAUUACACUGCCUGUGCCCCAACCUCCUGGGUUUUUCUUCAGAGUCAGAUCAGAGGAUCUCCCAUUAGCUGAGAGCUUUCAGCCUGGUCCGUCCACUAGCAUGUCCAUUGCUUGUUCUGUAAAUGAUGUAUCGAUCACGUGUGUUAGUCCUCGUUGAAGGCCAGGCUAUUUUUGAGAAGUAUUAAGUAAUAUAACGCAUAUAUUCUUUCAUAAACAGAUUUUUAAUGAAUCUUGAGAAGACUUAAAGAAAUGAAGAGCUCUGUAUUAGUUUCAUCUUCUUUAUAAGCUUGACUUUGAUACGUUGCAGCAAGUGUAUUUCCGCAAGCAUAUGAAGAAGAGUGGAGACAGCGCAGAGACAGUAGUCGCAGAGGGAGAGCAAAUGAAUGAGGAAGUAACGAGCAAAGCCUCGGAGUGAGAGAGAGACUUUGCGAGUGGGAAAUAAUGAAUCGAAGCCUUGGAGUGUGAGAGAGACUUUGCGGUUUUAAUAUCUCUUUAUAAAUAUAGGAAUAAAGCUCACACUUUCCUUAUGUUGAGUAUUGUGAGAAGUGGCGUAUGUGUCCUUCAGGGUGAUCGUGUGUGAUCAUCGUUACUUCCUUGUAAUCGAUACUGGGUAUUUGGGGUUUAUCAUAAUCAAAGUAUUAUUCAGUAUUCUGGUGUGGGAGAUUUACAAGGGGGUUGAGUGUAACGAGAGAUCAUAACAACAAACUUAACAAAUUGGUGCGUUUGUGACUCGAUCGAAACUUCGCUGUGUCUUCGAGGGCGGAUUCUAGUCUGAUGUUACGUUCUUACGACGAUUCCACCGGCGAUCAUGAGUUGGCUUUUCUUCGCACGGAGUGGGAACGUUUGGCGCAUCACGCCGAAGUUACGGCGGCUCGUUUUACAGAGAUGGAUAAGCGCCUUGCGGCGUACGAUUCUCGUUUUGAUUCCAUUGAUCGUCGCUUCGAUCAGCUGACGACGAUCCUCCUUCG